AUGGAUAACCCACUACUAUCCCACGAAAGGUUAGAAUUUAACGAUAAAGAGAUAAUCAAACGACCCGAUGAACUUCAACCAUCAAUCAUUUACAAUGUUAUAGCAUAUAUCAAAACAUUAAUACUAUCAUUGUUUGUCACUUCUCUGAUACAUCUCCCGGAACAUGAUGAAGAAGACGAAGGAAAUCAUAACAACAUCACUUCAGAUUCAGAUAUCGAAAUAAUUGGCGUCAAGAUUGCAAAUGACUAUCACUUGCUCAGACAACAUCGUCGGAAUAGCUUCUUGGUUGACGAAAGUGACGGCAGGUAUGUGUCACCAAAACCAGUUAUCGCACCUGUAGUUCAACCAACAGCCAGAUCAUCAACUACUUCAUAUCAAUAUGGUACCGACUUGUCCAUAGCGAAACCAAUAAAGUACUCAUAUGUUCCUACUGAAUCUUCGCAGUACAUUGGGGAGGUGGAUGAAGAUUCACCAAGCUUGCUUGACACACCGACCACUCCAUACCAACAAUCUAUUCUAGACUACUAUGUACCUACCAAACCAAUGUCUAUUCAUUCGUACUCAUUGGUUGACAACUUCAUCUCCAACUUAUACAUUGAUAAGAUUUCAUCGGUAUACCAACAAAGCCAUGACAAAUUGCAAGAAUUGAUAACCAAGAAACGACUCGAGUCAGUUAGUUUGAUCAAACCAUUGGCGGCAGAUCAGUUGUCACAAGUCACCAGUAUCUGGAGACAAAGAGCCAAAGUUGUCAACUCCAAUUACCAGAUUGAUAUCACCACGCUGGACUUGCAAACUCUAAGAGAGCCAAGCUGGUUGAAUGAUAAUGUAAUUGAUUAUUAUUUCAAUUUGAUCAUGAAUGCACACCCAGACAUUUUUGGAUGGACAACGCAUUUCUACACCGCGUUGGAAAGUAAGGGAUACACCGGUGUGCAGAGAUGGGCAAGGAGGAAAAAAGUCAACUUGUUUGAAAAGUCCAAGGUAUUGGUGCCCGUGAAUAUAUCCAACACGCAUUGGGCAUUAGCAGUUAUCGAUAAUCUUGAAAAAACCAUUUCCUAUUAUGAUUCCUUGAAUACAGUGGGAAACCCCCGUGCCGUGCAGAACUUAGCUAUAUACAUGGACGGAGAAGCCAACAGAUUGAACCGUGACAAAAUCACAUAUGAACUAAUCCCACACGUCAAGAGCCCUCAACAGAAGAAUGGAUCAGACUGUGGUGUGUUCACCUGUACUGCUGCUAGAUAUAUCGCAGAGAACAAGCCAUUAGGGUACAGUCAAAACGACAUGAAAGUGAUCAGAAGAAGAAUGGUCUACGAAAUUCUCGAAAAUAAGUUACUAGAUUGA